GCAGCAGUGCUCGUGUUUACGAUACUGUUCCUUAUUUCGAGAUGUGUGGGAUUUUGUGAACUAGAUUCGAUCGUUCCACGAUGUAGCGUAACGCUGACCUAAUUAUUCACAAAAUUAUACACUGAUUAGUUAUUGUUAGUAAUGUUUUGGCACUCAUAAAUCAUAAAUGAUACUGAUACUGUUUCAAUGUUGUGGUUGUUCGCUAUCACAAUUCACAAACUGUUGCAGUUUUGAACUUUUGCAUAAAAAGACGUUCUUUUAUAAUUGGCUGAAUUUAGAAAUUCUGGUUGUUAUUGUUUGAUCAUUAUGGUCUGUUUUAAUUUUGAUAUUUCAUUUUCACGGUAUUUAUCUAAACUGAUAAGAUUUGACAAGUUGUAUUAAUUUUAUCUAAACUGAUAUUUCACUGUCUGUCGCCAGUAUCGUGGCGAGGAUAACAAAAUCGUUAAGCUUUUUAUUUCAUUGAAUCAUUAAAUGGAUCUUCCAUCUGCGUCUGUAUCGUAUGAUAAUUCCAGCUGUCAUGCAGUUUGUUGGGAAUUAUUGGUAGUUAUUUUUAAACUGGCUGUUAUUCGGGAAAUUAUUGCGGAAAAAUUUCCGUGAGGGUUUGCGCGUAAAUUUUUACAAAAUGCUGUCGUAUCCACGCCGCGGCAUAGCGUAUGGAGCAUACGAUGACACGGACGAAUCCUUGUUGAACAACGAGAGAUUCAUCGGUGUGUAUCCCAUGGCUGCUCCGCGUGAGGGGCCUCCAGCCGAACGCCCCAAUGCCACCAGACGAAUGCGCCAUCGUAGGAAAAAGCGACGGGAUCGUACAGAAGUUAGCUGCUGUGUGAAAUGGAUUGUUUUCGGCCAGAAUGUGCUGUUUUGGAUAGCGGGCAUGGUAAUUUUUGCCGUUGGAAUCUGGGCGUGGACCGAAAAGGACACCCUGAAUAAUCUGAAACGUUUAACGUCGGUGGCGUUGGAUCCGGCGUUUCUGCUCAUCGUUACGGGAUUAGUUACAUUUGUGAUAGGCUUCACCGGGUGUGUUGGAGCUUUACGAGAAAAUACCUUCUUGCUAGCUACGUAUGCUUUCCUACUGGGUAUCAUUCUUUUGGGCGAACUAACAUUGGGAGUCCUUGGAUUUGUCUUUAAAGAUUGGCUUAAAGGCCAAGCCAAAGAUCAACUUCAGGCGAUGAUCAGUGAUUAUCGCGAAGAUGAAGAUGCGCAGGAUUUGGUCGACUGGAUACAGUCAAAAUGGCUACAAUGUUGUGGUAUCACUUCUCCCGGAGAUUGGAAUAAUAAUAUCUAUUUCAACUGUUCAUCUAAGGGCAGCCCGGAAGCAUGUGGCGUUCCAUUCAGUUGUUGUAAACCACCAAAGGAAACAAGUCUUGUUAACCUGCAAUGUGGAUAUGGUGUCCGACGCAGGGAAGAAUUCGCCGAUACCAUCUUCAGCAAAGGUUGUGUGGAUGCCGCACAGACCUGGCUGGAUCAGAAUCUCGUGAUUGUUGCCGCAGUGGCCGUCGGUGUGGCCAUUGUGCAAGUGCUGGGCAUUUGUUUUGCCCAAAACCUACGCGCCGAUAUUCUUGCACAGAAAGCGAAGUGGAAUCGCUACAAGUGAAUACUCCGGUAUCAUAAACUACCGCAGUUUCCGGUUGUGCAGUGUCUGUUCCGUUUCCUUCCGCGUACUGCCGUGGAUCUCCUUUCCCUUAUUUGUAGUAUCACUGGUUUUAUGUUUUAUUGAUACCGGUAUGAGAGUCUCAAACUGCUAUGGUACUCAACGAAUAUUGUUUAGAUGAUUUUUUUCCUGUACACACACACUCCGCUCAAGUGUCGCUUCGUUGCCAUUGUGUUUUGGACCAAAAUCUCUUUUUAUCUGUCUUAUCUGCUAUGAAUGCUUUGUUGUUCUUAUUCGUUAUGUGUAAAUCGUGCAUCUUCAAUUGCGGCAAUCGAGUUGAUUUGAACAAAAAUUAGCAUGCA